AUGCGCUUCGCCAAGGAUGCUGAGCUCCUCCAGUACAUGGUAGCCGGCAGUACCCUUGCUGAUAUUGUGUCCUCUGAGGAGGAUGAAGACGACUACGACGCGUACUUUGAUGCCCCUGUGGCCAAGGCCGAGGGAGGUGCCGUUGUGGGGCCGGGUGAAGGCACCACCCGAGCCGGCAUGAACGCGCAAGGUGCUGCGACGUCGCUUGCCAAGUUCCAACCCGCCCAGCACAAGAACGUUGAUGCAAAGGUACUGAGGAGAAUACAGAUUGAUGGGUACUACGACGGGCACAGCAGCGGUGGCGGCGCGAGCGGUGGCGCGCAGUCCAACCAGCGCGUACUCAAUGAGCUACGGGAUAUGACCAUGUCGAGCCGCUUCGUGCAGAACGCCGCGUCGAGGAACGUCGACCGUUCCGAGCGCGCUACGGUGGAAAACGUACUCGACCCCCGCACACGUCUUAUUCUGUACAAACUCGUCAACUCGGGAAUUCUAAGCGAGAUCAACGGAUGCGUUUCUACUGGAAAGGAAGCGAAUGUGUACUACGCUGUGAGCGGUGACGGCAGCCCGGCAGCCUUGAAGGUAUACAAGACGUCGAUCCUGUCCUUCAAAGACCGCGAUCAGUACGUUUCAGGCGAGUUCCGCUUUCAGCGUUACUGCAAGAGCAAUCCACGGAAGAUGGUGCGCACGUGGGCUGAGAAGGAGGCACGGAACCUCAUCCGCCUCCAAGACGGCGGUGUCCUUGCGCCAGCGGUGAAACUGCUCCGGCAGCACGUGCUGAUCAUGGAGUUCCUCGGCGAGGAUGGAUGGCCUGCGCCGCGGCUGAAGGACGUCAAGUUCCCCUCCACGAAGGCGUUAGACAAGUGCUACCUUGACCUGUGCUGCACGAUGCGCAAGAUGUACGCGCGCAGCCAUCUGAUCCACGGAGACCUUUCCGAGUACAACCUGCUGCUGUACCACGGCCGUGUGGUGGUGAUUGACGUGUCGCAGUCCGUCGAGUACGACCACCCGCGCUCCAUGAACUUCUUGCGGCGUGACAUCGUCAACGUCAACAGCUUCUUCCGCUCGCAGGGGCUGAUGGGGCUGUUCAGCCUGCAGGACCUUUUUCACUUUAUUACCGCAGAUCCGGCGAAGUCUGGAUGGCAGCGUUGCCAGGGGCCGCCGAACGAUGAGGAGCUCAUGGCACGGCUGAAGGAAAUCCGCGACGGCUACGAGCGAAGCGGCGCCGCGACAGUCGAUGCGGAGCAGGCGAAGGUGGAUGAGCAGGUUUUCCUCAACAUCACAGUGCCGCGCUCCUUGAACGAGAUAUCCGACCGCUGUGGGCCGAACAAGGAGGUUGCCGUCUUUGUGGAGGGCAUGACGGCCGCACCCGCAUCUGCGCAGAGAGAGGACGACGACGAUACGGACGGCAAAGACGACGAGGGUGGCGAUGACGAGGACUCCGAGACGGACGAUAGUGACUCGCCGAAGAAGGCGAAGGCGACCCCGCAGGCGGUGCUGGCGAACAUGACCAAGGAGGAGCGCAAGGAGCAUCGGAGGGUUGUGAAGGAGGCAAAUCGAGAGAGGCGUGCCGAAAAGAAGAAAAACAGCGCCAAGACGAAAAAGAAAGGCAAAAAGUAA